GGCGGGAGGCCGUGGCGACGUGAAGUCCCGCGAAUUUGGGCCCGGUCCCCACCCCGAGCGAGGGAGGGCCGAAGUCUGUUCCUGUCCUUCCUGAUCUGCCAGGCGAAAUCGUGAUGAGGAAUAUCUGUAACCCCAUGCUGGUAUGGCGGAAGAUGAGCCUGAUGCUAAAAGCCCCAAGACUGGGGCAAGGGCCCCCCAAAGUGGUGCUGAGGCCGGGGAACCUACCACACUUAUUCAAAGACUCCGAGGUACCAUUUCCAAGGCCGUGCAGAACAAAGUAGAAGGAAUCCUGCAAGAUGUGCAGAAAUUCUCAGACAACGACAAGCUGUAUCUCUACCUUCAGCUCCCGUCAGGGCCCAGCACUGGAGACAAAAGUGCAGAGCCGAGCACUCUUAGCAGUGAGGAGUACAUGUAUGCCUACAGGUGGAUCCGCAACCACCUAGAAGAGCACACGGACACCUGUCUGCCAAAGCAGAGUGUUUAUGACGCCUAUCGGAAGUACUGCGAGAGUCUUGCCUGUUGCCGCCCACUCAGUACAGCCAACUUCGGCAAAAUCAUCCGAGAGAUCUUCCCUGACAUCAAGGCCCGAAGGCUGGGUGGCCGGGGCCAGUCCAAAUACUGCUACAGUGGCAUACGAAGGAAGACCUUGGUGUCUAUGCCACCCCUCCCUGGACUUGACUUGAAGAGUUCUGAGAGUCCGGAAAUGGGCCCGGAAGUAACCCCUGCACCUCGGGAUGAACUGGUGGAGGCAGCCUGUGCCCUGACCUGUGACUGGGCAGAGCGGAUCCUGAAACGGUCCUUCAGCUCCAUUGUUGAGGUUGCCCGCUUCCUGCUGCAGCAGCAUCUCAUCUCUGCCCGGUCUGCACACGCCCAUGUGCUAAAGGCCAUGGGGCUUGCUGAAGAGGACGAACAUGCCCCUCGAGACCGAUCAUCUAAGUCCAAGAAUGGUGUAGAGAACCCAGAGGGGGGAGCCCACAAGAAACCAGAGAGACUGGCCCAGCCUGCCAAGGAGCCGGAAUCGCGGGCUGGGGCUAGCCCUGCAGCACGUGGAGAGCGGAAGAAGACUGUCAUCGAGAGCUCGGCCCCAGCAGCCAGUAACCCACAGGUUAAUGCCCUAGUGGCCCGGCUGCCUCUACUCCUUCCCCGAGCCCCUCGCUCACUCGUUCCGCCGAUCCAAGUCGCUUCACCCAUCCUGGCCCCGAAGCUUUCUUCAGGCACCCUGAAAGUGGCUACGCUACCUCUGCCCAGUAGGGCUGGGGGACCCCAGGCAGCUGUGCCCAUCAUUAACAUGAUCUUACCAACUGUUCCUGCUUUACCGGGGCCGGGCCCGGGGCCAGGACCUGGGCCCGGGCAAGCUUCACCUGGAGGACUGACUCGGCCCCGGGCCGCAGAGAACAGGGAGGUAGGCACAGGUGCUGACCCAGGACCCCAUGACAAGGGUGUCAAGAGGACGGCGGAAGUGCCCAUGAGUGAGGCCAGUGGCCAGGACCCGCCACCUAAAGCAGCAAAGCAGGACACAGAGGAUCCAGCAAGUGAUGCCAAAAGAAAACGGGGGCGCCCCCGAAAAAAGUCAGGUGGAAGCGGGGACAGAAAUUCUACCCCUGAGAAGUCAGCAGCAGCUAUGGACUCUGCCCAGGCCUCAAGGUUACCAUGGGAGAUCUGGGGCCCAGGAGGGGAAAGCAACUCAGCUGGAGGGGUAGAAAGGCCAGGGCCCUUGCAACAGGCUGAGCAGCGGGCAGUACUUGCCCGGGCUCAGGAGGACGGUGCUGUUUCUAAAGGAGGAAGGGGCCCUAGUUCCCGGCAAGCCAAACAGGCAGAAGAUAAAAUUCCUCUCAUUGCCCCCAAAGUGAGUGUCAUCAAGGGCAGCAGAAGCCAAAAGGAAGGUCUUCAGGUGGUAAAGGGAGGGGCAGACACGGCUGCGCAGGGUAAUAAAGGCUCAAAGGGGCACGUGCUUCAAAGCUCUUUAAGGCUUGAGUGUAAAGAGCCUAAGAUGACACCCCCGUGACGCCAGGUCCUCGGGGUAGCUCCAGGUCCAGGUCCCCGCCGGCGUUUCUGCAUUCGCUUCUUCGGCUGUGCCCUCCCUUCCGUGUCCUCUGUACAGACUGAGUCACCCAGCCUUACGUACUGCCUGGUGGCUGCCUCUGACCUUUCCAGCUCAAUGCUUUGGCCUCGGUGUAACCAAUAAAUCCGUAGUAACCUACCCUGGGUUCCUGUGCCCUCCUGUGGGAAGACGGAUGGGGUAAGUAUGGUGAGUGUAUAGGUUAGGGGACUUCUGGUUCUCAGUCACAGAAAGCCUGACUCACAAUGGCUCAGGAUAAGAAGGAUGAUUGGCUUAUGAAUGGGAAAGGCCGCUAGUGCUGGCUCCAGGUGACGCUCGACUCUAGAUAACCCGACUGAUUUUCUGUCUUCGCUGCUCCACCUAAUGUAAAAUCAUCUUAAACCCGGGCCCCCUCAUAGCCGCGAGCACUCCCGGAUUACAUUUGUCCAAUUCUGUACAACCAGGAAUCCCAGCAGAAGCCUGAAAAUUCACUGUGAUUAGGCCAGCCUGAGUCAUGUUCACCCCUGACCCCCAGUGUGGCCGGAAGACGGGACGCUAAUGUGCUCGUUCUACAUCGCGGAGCACCCUUUUGCAGGGAAGGGGGUCAGACUCCUCACAGGCAGAUUCCCCAGGUGGAGCCUGGGCGGGAUCGGCCACACCUGGAGGUCCGAGCUCCCAGGCUGCUUGGCUGAGAUCAGCUCCGCCUGCUUCCUUUCCCGCGGUCUUACGUUUCCCUUACUGCAGCUGCAACUGACCUCUGUCCUCUUCUAGUCUCGAGGAAGGAGAGAGAAGUCAUUUUCUUUUCAGGGACUUUCAGCUUAGCUUCGACGAGAGCCCUUUUCCCACCUGCUCUGCAGACACGGAGCUCCUUCCUCUUCCUGUUUCUGAGUUUUCUCUUUCACUCCUGCUUCCCGAUCCCCCAGUCUACUGCCUUUCACCACCUAGAGUGAAAAACUUCCUGCCUGGUCAUUCCAUUAAAUUCAUCCUGUAUCUACUAGAUGUCAGUCUCUUGUCAUGGAUGUGUUGGGACGUAGCCAGGGCUGCGAUUUAGGCCAGAUGUAGGGAAGGGGGUAGUUGUGGAGUCCAUGCGGACCCCGCAGGUGUGUCCUUGGGAGGAGCAAUAAAUAAACUUCAUACUUAUUGAGGGCCUACUUUGUCCUCACCUUAGGGUAGCUUAUGUCAGGGAAUCUUGGCUCUUCCCAAGAAACAGACUUUUCCUUCAGGGUGAUGUCAUUCAUUUGUCCAUUUAUUUCCACCACCACAGACUUAAAAAUUAUAAUGAAGCCAGGCGUGGUGGCGC